GCAGCAAGUGAACAGUCAGUUCUCGAAGUUGAUGUGUUGGAAGCAGGAAAAAUGGGCAAGCGUAAGGAUCUGAGCGACUUUGACAAGGGCCAGAUUGUGAUGUUUAGAUGACUGGGUCAGAGCAUCUCCAGAGCAGCAGGUGUUGUGAGGUGUUCCCGGUGUGCAGGGGUUAGUACCUACCAAAAGUGGUCCAAGGAAGGACAACCGGUGAACCAGUGACUGGGAAAUGGGUGCUCAACUCUCACUGAUGCACGUGGGGAGCGAAGGCUUGUCUGGUCCGAUCUCACAGAAGAGCUACUGUAGCACAAACUGCUGAAAAAGAGGGGAGAGACGAGAGUACAUUCUAAUUAUGUGUUUUUCGAUUCUCACAGACAGGAAGACUGGCACUGACAGCUACAUUUUAAUCUCUGAGGCUAAGACGUGGUAUGAAGCUCAGAGCUACUGCAGGCAGCAGCACACAGACCUGGCCAGCGUGAGAAGCGCAACAGAAAACUCAGUUGCAGGGGGAAAGAUCUACACUUCUUGGAUUGGCCUCACCAGAGACCCCUGGAAAUGGUCAGACCAGACCACCAACGUGUCCAUCAUUAAGUGGUGGGCUGGAAAUGCUGAUGAUUACUUGAACAAUAAAAGUUGUGGCUAUUUAUAUGGUGGUCUGGCUGAUUUAGCACAGUGCUCAGACAUCAUGCCUUUCUUCUGUUACUUGUUCCCAAAACAACAGCAGAUCAUAAGAGUGAAGGUCAAGUCCAGUCAGGAUGUGAAUGAUCCUGCAAUAAUGGCGGCCAUCUUGGAGAAGCUCCAGCAGAAACUGAAGGAUCAUGGAAUGGCUGAGAACAUCACUGUGAAAUGGAGAAAGCAACCAGAUGGAGUGGUGUUUCACAAGGAGAAGGGAAAUAUUACUACAGUUGGGAAUAACAAUGGGGAGGCUUGAGACCUCUAAAUCUUUAGCAUUGUCUUGAAUCACAUACUUUUUGUAGUGCAUUAAUCACUUUUAGCUUGAGGACCUUGAGUGUGUGUAAUAUUUUAGCUUUCUUAAGCAGUACUUUAACAGACCCAGAGUUGCCCACUUUCAGACCAGGCUGGUGUGAGUUUUGGGGGAAAGGGAUAGUGCUGGAAUGCUUCUUUAGUUAAAGCUAAAAGUAGUUACAGUAGAAUGCAAAAACUAGUAACAGCGAUAUUAUCAGGAGAAGAGCCAGUUCACUCGGCAGACUUUUUUGGCAAUGUCCUUGUGUAGGUAUUUCCAGUCACACAACACCAGGGUUCUCUACCAGAAUGAGUAGAACCUUAUACACCCAAAUCUGCCAACAGUCAGUAUAUCAUCAGUCAUUUUAUACUGCUGAUGUGCUAAUAUACUGGUGAUAUCUUGGUUUGGCAUGUGGAGAGAAACCCUGACAGAAUCUGGGCAUGGUAUUGGGAUAUUUUUUUGAUGAUUUGGGUUGGUGUAUUUGGGUGUCUUGAGGAAAAACCUGAAAGGACUGGCAACUCUGAUGGACCUUGCUUAUUAAAGUUAGUACUUUUUGCAUUUGCUGCUAUUUAAAAUAGGACUGAAGAUUUCACCUUCACCUUCAGGUGUCAAAUGUUGCUAAGCAAUUAAAUGGCG